AUGGUUCUUCAGUAUGAUGAAAAUGUUCGCAACCUGCUGUAUCGGAGAUCAUGCCAAUACACGCAGAGCGGACUUGUGGAUGCCUCUGUCCUCGAAGCUGAUCUCGUCGAGAGGGUGAAGAGCUUCGCGAAGCGUUAUCCGAACAGCAGGACAGCCCAGGCUUGCAAGGCUGUGGAGGGAUGCACCCCCGACGCUAUCGCAGAAGCCAUCCGCUCGACAUGUCAGCAGGCACGACGUAAGUUUCUGCAAGAAGCGAUGACUGGAUGGAGUGACGCAUCCAGAGAGUGGUUUAUGCAGCAGAUUGAAGAAGCCAAGAAGGAGAAGGUCGAGACAUACACCGCCUCAGCAGGCAACGAGGUGACUUCCUUCAUCUCCAUGACUCUCCUGGGCAUCUCCUCGGUGUAUGUCAACCAUGAAGAAAAGCUGAAGAAGAAAUUUGAAGAGAUCGGACUGAUCGUAGACUCAGUGCAAGAGAGUAAAGCAAUCAUGUGGAAGGCUCCGUAUAGACCCGAGAUAGCGAGUGCUGAGGAGAUCCCGGUGACUGUUUCCUUCCUCCGCAAUGCACAAGCGGAGAAGCUCUGGCAGGGAAGAGAGGACUUCGCGAUCGAUGGUCGCAAGUUCACAGCUGUACAUGUGAGCAUCGUGCACGAUCGAUCUUUCAAGAUUCGAGCCAAGAGAGGACCCUGGGGCAAAGGGGGCAGCUUGGCAGAGCUGACUCACCUGCUAACCUUGGGCGGCAUGACAACGGCUGAGAUAGCUGCCGUCUAUCGCUAUCAGCUGCUGCGCCAGUCCCUUGCAGCGAGGCGAAUGAUACAGCAUUUCGAGCUUUCCCGAGAGAGCGAAGCGAUGGAGGGAGUACACCUGACUCUGUUCAGCGAGGACCCGAAGAUCAGAGACGCGCUCGCAGUCGAGUUGACAGCUGAUCGCUUUGUGUCCAGAAAUAAGUUGAAGAAGGCAUCAAGGAUGCAGAAGAAGGCAGGCGGCAAGGACGGCAAGGAAAUCAAGAUCAUCAUCAAGUCGACGGCGGCAUCUGGUCGCUUCACGAGGAAGGAGAUGGAGGGGCUGUGCAACGGCGGCAACACGUCUAUCGCAAGAGUCAAGAGAGUCUUGUUGGAGAUCGCUAACAGGCUCGAGAUCAACGUUGAAGGCAUCGACAUGGAGGAGGAUUUGAACACCAAGUCCUGGAACGGGUCCAAGCUAUGCAUCCUCCUCGGCUCCACGGAGGAUGCUCGACGCGUGAUGAAGGAGCUGCCCUUCUAUCUCGAAGGCGCAGCAACCAAGCUCGAAGCAGUCGGCUUCGACAAGGAGCCUGACUCUGAGGCGGCUGGUCAGCGGGGCACCAGCGACGCAGCGCAGCGACAGGAGGAGAGCGAGGGAGAGUGGCUGGAGUUUACAGACCUGGAGAGGAUCACAAUGGAGGCAGCAUCUCCGUCAAGCCAAGAGGACAUGCAGCUCGUCAGCGAGCUGUCAGCAGUCAUCGAAGAUGCAGCUUCUUUGAACGAGGCGGGGACGAGCGAGCCGAUCAAGCUGGUCCUGGACAAGGCCGUUGGCAACCUCCACGACACGUUCUACUCUCCG